AGAAUGGGAGUGCCAGAAAUUAAUCUCACGGAAAAAACAAGAUGUUUAAUUUCAAAAGUAGCCAGUGUUAUGUGCCUAGUCACCAUCCCAUUUAAUUUGUUUAUGCUUACAAUAGCUGUUUAUAUCGAACUUGCAGUUCAAGACAAAGUUAGUCUUAUUGAAGGAAGUCGGGACGCGUUACCUGCCUACAUGAUUAUUUUGGGUCUUGUUGGACUGAUUGUUAAUAUCUUAGCAUCACGAGUUUGUUGGGUUGUGCAUGACAUGGCGAGAAGAGAUGUCUGGAAAAAAUUUCUAAUUCCAGUUUUCUUUCUUUCUUUUAUUUUAUUUGUGUGCAUUUUUGUGGCAUCCAUGCUUUGUUUUGCAAACGUUGCUUCACUUCGUAAAUUAUUUAGCAAAGGAAUAUAUGUUUCCAUGAAAAAGUACGCUACAGACAUGCCAAAGAAAAGCAUCAUUGAUAAGUUACAGAUUCAGUAUGAGUGCUGUGGUUCAGAAGGAUACACAGAUUGGUUCCAUGUCAAAUUUGUAUCAAAGAAAUAUAUAACCGAUGAAUAUAUGACAAAAGAUGAACAACAUACAUACAAAAAGUUUACCGACCAUGUUCCGUUUAGCUGCUGUAACUACAGAGCCCGUAGACCCUGCAUAGACACCAGAGUACAAGCAAAACACUACAAGUAUGAAUACACCAAAGACAUAACAUUGUACACACAAGGAUGUAGUGAUGCAUUGAUGACAUCAUAUAAUCACAUGUUAAAGACUGCAGGGGCUGUUGUUGUCAUACUGGCAUUCUUAGAGCUGAUGAUAGGAUUAGAAACAAGGCUAUUACAAACAGGCCUUGCUAACUUAAUUGAUGAUGAAGAUUCAAAGGGUUUUCUUAUUCCAUUUGGUGGUGGUAAAGCACAAGGCAAAGUGGAGGAUGAUGACAAGCAGAAAUUAUUACCGGAUGGACCACCUCCUGCUCCAAUGACAAAAUUAGCCAGUCUACAGAACCUCCCUCCAGUAGGAAGUAUAGACAAUAUAUCUGUCACAGAGUCCUUUGACGAUGAGGAAGAGUUACCUCCCCCUGAUGUUGAGGAAGAGUUUCCUCCCCCUCCAUCUGAUCUUGAAGAUCUUCCUCCACCAAGACAAUCUGUGAAAUAUGUUAAUGAGAUGGACAUUGAUGAAUGAAAACAACUUAUCAAAUGAUAUUAUACCAUGAAAUUAUUUAUUCUAAAUUAUGUCAACUUUAAAUAAA